CGGGAAAGUUCAGAGUUGUUGUCUGGGUUUGAAGGACGAUAUUCUUUUCUCCACAAGUCGAAAGUCUAUGGCUAAAAAGUUAAAGCAGCUUGUCAAUUAAAACAAAAGAACAAGCCGGAAGUCUCAAGAGAGAUAGGUAUGAGGUGUCUUUUUUUUUUUUUUUAAACUAGAAUGAAUCAGCACGGCGAUGGAGAUGAGACUACUGACUUCACUGGACCAGAUUUUUCUCUUUCAGUUGAAGGUGAAGGAGACUUGUGUACAGAGAAUGGUCAAGUAGGUGGUCAGGACAAGCAGCAUUCCUUGAAGCGGAAGAAUUCAAAGCAAGUGGCAGCAGAUACAUCCAAAGGUUCAGAGGAAGAAGUGAUCAACAAGAGGCAUAGGAACACAUCAAAUCCUGAACAAACUCAUGUACACCCUGGGUCCAGCAAGUCACCAUCAGAAGAAUCAGACUCCAUGAAAGCACUAAAUAAAGAACUUGGUCAGGAAAUGAAGAUGAUGUUUAUGAACUGGGCUGUUCCUUUCAGUGAGAGUGAGCAGUUUGAGCUGUUCUGUCCCACCCGAGUGGACGGCUUACUGCAGGAGGCCAGGGCUCUGGAGGAAAACCUCAAGGAACAGAAGAAAUGUCUUCUACAACGUCUUCAGAUGUUGUCACAGACGCUCCAGCAGGAGAAGUAACAUGAUGUUAUAGACUUUAUAAUGUUUGCCUUUUCUGGUAUUUAAGAUAACCAAACGCAAAGUCCACUGUCACAUUGGGAAGACUUAGACAUAAUAUGUAACUCUUUCCUUGAACACAAUUCAUUAGCAGCAGACCAGUUCUACGAAUUUUCCAGAGAAUAUACAGUUGUACUAAGAUAUGAAACAGCAAUUGACGUUUUCCAUUUUCCUCCUUUAUAUUUCCAUUUGAAUGGCAAAGAUUGUCAUAUGCUUAUUCUCUAUCACCUUUAAAUGUAAUCUUUAAGUUUAACAAUAGAAAUCCUGCUCACAUUUUCUGGCUUGUAGUCAGUGAGUGACAAGUCAGUGUUACUUGUAGUAAGUGCUAACAGACAAGUACCCUUGUUUGGAUAUUGUACACUUACAUGUGUUCACUGUUUUCCAUAUAAAUCAUACACUGCAAUGCAA